UCUUGGCAACGUUGGUUGGGGCAGGGGCCGGCGUCGUCGGCGUCGCGACGCGGCGAGCGCUGGCUGCACUUGCUCCUCAGUGGAUCACCAGUGGCCGAGCGCGUCAGUUCUUGCGGUGGUGCGUUUUUCUUCUCGCGUCCCAAGUUCGCGCGUGUUGUUGUUCAUGUGUGUCCCACCCUUGGAUUUUCAAUUAUGAGGUGGCACCUGGCGCUUUUCCUGCUUUUCGGUUUCAGUUUGGGGGAUGAGCUCGGUUUCCGGGAGUCAUUGUCGAAUUUGGAAGCCACCCGACGCCGAUCCGUAGACACAGGGCGCAGCGCCAAUCUCCUCGCAUUAUUUGACAAUAGCAAGAAAGAAGGUAAAGACGACGCGGCGGUGUCGAGCCGGUCGUUCAGUCCUAGGGUGCAGGGCUCGAAGCAAGGGUUCCGGAGUGCGGUGGCCGCUACGGGGGUGGCGACGGUGCCACCGUUCAAGCCGAUCGCGGGGGCCGGCGGCCCCGGGAACCUCUCGCGCCCGGCCCGGCUCAGCGGGGCCGGCGCCACCGGGCCCGGCACCGCCGCCGCCGCCGCCGUCCCGGUCCCGUCCUUCCACAAGCUCCCGCCGUCCAUCGCCCAGAUGCCCACCAUCCCAGCCGCAGCCGUCGCCGCCGUCCCGGCUCUCGCCAUCCCUGCCGUCCAGUCUGCCAACCGCAGAUACGCUAUCGUGGGCUCGGGGAGUCCGGUGAGCAACGACCUGGCCGCCCCGGUGAGUGGCGUGGGCGUAGGGGUGGUUUCGCCGUCGCUGAACCUGGUCAAACUGGGCGCCAUCGACCCGCAAACCCUCAUCAUGGGCCACACCAUUCAGAGCCUGGCCAAGGCCUCCAACAUCAGCGUCGAUUCUCUCAUCAUGGCCAUCCGGGCCCGACAGCAGCAGCAACAGCUCCUACAACAGCAGAUCCAGAUGACAUCGGUGACGCCAGCCCCAACGACGACGACAACGACAACGACGCAGAUGACGACGACGAUGGCGGCGAAAACGGCGGCGCCGAUCAGGGCCAAGUACGCCCUCUCGGGGGCGCACAAGGUGAUGAACGCCCCGAAGGAGUACUACCCGGUGAGCUACGACAAGAACUUCGACGACAACUUCACCGCCCGAGUCGAGCUCCCGGAGACCUCCUUCAGCUGCGGCGACCAGAAGCACUUCCCGGGCCUCUACGCCGACGAGGACCUCGGCUGCAUGGUAUUUCAUGUGUGCGCCUUCACGGACGAUGGGCUGGUCAUGAAGAGCUUCCUGUGUCCGGAGUCGACCCUGUUCGACCAGACGAUCUUGAAGUGUAACUGGUGGUUUUACGUCGAUUGCAAGGCGUCCAAGAAGCUCUACGACAGCAACAUCCCCGUCUCCAAGAGUUACCAGCUCAUGAAGGCCCUCGCUUUCUUCUCCUCCUACAACAAUAGCAAUAACAAAGAGCAGAGCCUUCCUUCCUGAGACCAUCUUUCUAGGGACUCAACUCUGAGUCUUUGAAAAUGCUAAAGGAGAGAAAGAAAUGAUGUAGUUUCAGUACACUGCCUUGCUAAGAAGAGAAAAGUACGCGCCAAAUGACUGUGGCCGAAAAUUGUGAAAAACUUUUCUUAGUACUCCCUUAGAUCUCCUUUGAGCGAAGUGACGGCAAAAAUGCGAAACCAUGUAUUUCCAUGUGCGACGGUGCAUAGUGGAUGAGGUCAUUCAGAGAGGGCAGACAAGAAAUUUUUAACUAAAACUGCAAAUGUUGAUGUCUAAUUUGACAAAGUUUGAAGUAUAAGAGCCUGCAAAGGAAAAUUUCACGAGGAAACAAAUGGAACCACUCUCAAAACCUCAAAGUUUUGUAUGAACGCAGUUAUGAGCUUUUAAAGUCUCCCAUUGACUCGAUCCACGGUCCCUCAGGAAAACUAGUCAUCGUAAUUUUUUGAAAACUUCCUGGAUUUUUCUUCCUCGUUAGCAGAAUAAUUUUUACAAGUUUUAAGAUAUAAUGUUGGCUUGUCUCUCCUCUUCAAAAUAAAAUAGGAGUGGAAGUUUUGAAACACCAUAAUGGAGAUACGUGGUUUCACACUGUGGCCAUCGAUAGGUUGUAAAAAGUUGCCUUUGUCCCUCUAAAACUCAUUAUGGACCCGACGCGACACCCUCGCAAUUGGACGUAUUUCUACGUCCUUCUUGCUCGCAUUCAUGCCACUCUUUCCUCUCCUUCGAAGGCAAUAAAACUUUGACAUUUCUUUGGGGGGUAUGAUAAAUCAUCAUAUGUAUUUAUUAUUAGAUAUUGAUCAAGAAAAAAUCCAGGCGCAAAUUUUGUGCAUUUACUAUACUCUCUUAUUUAGCAGGGCAGGGCGCAGUGGCGAUUUUUAAAAGUUGGCAACACUGAUUUUCCUCCAUUCAAAUGUUUGUAAAACAAUCGAUUUUUCAUGUGGCAGCCAGUGGUGUGGCGUGAAUUAUCGAUUAUCGAUAUUUCCCCAUUUAAAACUAUGGUAAAAAAUCGAUUGUUAAGGUGUUCGUUACGAAGAUCCUGUUUAUCGAACUUUUGUCCAUAAGUUCAAAUGACAGAUCAAUCGAUACAUCGCAAAGCACGCCACGCCACGCCACUGGUGGCAGUUUACAUCGCCGAAAAUCGAUAUUUUAAAUGGAUUUCAAUGGAGGAAAAAUAAUGCUGCCAACUUGUAAAAUCGCCACUGGCAGGGCGCGAUCAGUAUCAAGUGCUCAAACAGGUAUGCCGUAUCUCUACCGUAAGAUGCGUCGUUGCGUGAGAAAAAACAUCGCAUUUUACGAGAGCUGUUCUGCCGAGUCUUGAGUACUGACCACGAUCGCGGUAGAUAAAUUAUUACUCUUUUCAUUCGAUGAGGCUGCCGAUCAAAGCACAGAUGAAUCCAAUCCGAAAAUGGCUUUGAUGCGGUGACCAAAUCGUUUUUGUAAAUAUGUUAUCGAAAUUAGGUGAUCGAUUGAUCGAAAAACAUCAAUCGUCGCAUCGCCGAGGAAAGGAUAAUUCCUCCCAUGUAAAUAAAUCAAUGUAAUAUAGAAAAUAAUUUUGCGACGUCGCGUCGUGCGUCGGACAGUUGGCACCCUCAGAAGUGGAUCCAGCAGGUUGGCAACACUGUCAUUCCUCCAUUUAAAACUGUGUUUAAGAAUCGAUUCUUGUCGAAGCACCUGACCGUCUGGCCUCCCCAAGAAUCGAUACAUUUCCAUAGGUUUAAAUUGAAGGACAUAGCAUUGUUGCCGACUUACUGCAUCCGCCAAUGCUGCCGUGCUAAGGAAAAACGCCGUAUGAGCCUUUGGACGUUGC